AUGAUUCAUGCGUUAGUAAAUAACGAUCCUGUCUUAGGUGAUUGGUUUCUUUCUUGUGUGUAUGGUUCUCCCUAUAUAGAUGAACAACCAGAAAAAUGGAAAUACAUUAAGAAUCUCAGCUCUUCUGUUUUCAUUCCUUGGGUUCUUAUAGGUGAUUUAAACAUAACCAUGAAUAGUUCUGAUAGAAAUACCAAUGUAAACUCUACUCCCUCAGAAGUUCUAGAUUAUAUUAGACAAUCUGACUUGCAAGACAUGGGGUUUAUUGGAAAUCAAUUUACUAGGACUAGAAACAGUCAUGGAACAGGAAAAAUAAAGUCUAGAUUAGACAAAGCCCUAGUUAAUAGUGAUUGGUUAAUCAAUUAUCCUGACUCUACUCUUAAACAUCUUACUCGAUUAGGACCAGAUCAUGUGCUUAUUAUGCUAUCUUUAUACUCUACUGUUGGUAGAACUAGUAGAAGUUGGAAAUUCUUUGAACAUUGGCUUAGUAAUGACUCAUGUGAAAAUGAAAUAAAAAAUGCUUGGAGUUCUAACAUUUCAGGUUCUCAUGCUUAUAUUCUGACUGACAAACAAGCAAACACUAGGAAUCUAUUAUCAAAGUGGAGUAAGAUUACUUUUGGUCAUAUCCAGAACAAAAUCUCUGAGUUACAACAGGAUUUAUCCAUUCUUCAAAAAGUUGAUAUACAAGGAAAUCUUACUUCUCAAGUCUUACUUCUGGAGAAUUAA